UACGUAAUUCCUAAUCUACAUUAUCUCUUAUUCUGAUUCUAUUUCAGGUUUUGGCGGUCUUCGCAGUAUUAACGGUUUCUCUGGCGCACGCCGGAGGAUACGGAUCCGGAGGUCAAGGUAGUUCUGGUAAAAAUACUUACACAAAACAUGGUGAAGGAGGAGGUCACGGAGGUGGCUUUAAUCAAGGAGGCGGUGGUGGCUUCGGACCAGGAGGAGGCGGUGGACACGGAGGUGGCUUCGAUCAAGGAGGUGGCUUCGGACAAGGAGGCCACGGACAGCAAGGAUUUGGCGGAGGCGGCAGCCAAGGAGGUGGCUUCGGAGGUGGUCAGGGAGGUGGUCAUGGAGGUGGCUUCGGAAGUGGCGGUCAUGGACAGCAAGGAUUCGGUGGAGGCGGCAGCCAUGGUCAAGGUGGAUUCGGCGGUGGUCAAGGGGGUGGUUUCGGACAAGGAGGCCAUGGAGGCGGUGGACAUGGUCAACAUGGAUACAAGAAGCAUGGAUAUUAAGUAUGGAAAAUAAAAACAGCGUUUGAUUUUUGAAAA